CAUAAAGUGAGGGGGACAGAAGAUGAGCUUCACCAUGCACAGAAAAGUGUAGCAGGAAACAGAGAAACAUCAAACAGAAACAGCUGCCCGAGGGAAGAGGAAAACAGUGACCUCAUCUCUCCGUACCUUUGCACACACACGUGCCUGAGAUGACUUAGGCAGCCACAAAAAGGGAAACAAACGAAGAACUAAAGGGGUCGCGUCGGUCUUGUUGGGGUUGCACUUGGGAUCAGGGCUGCCAGUCGCAACCUCAGUCAUGUCUGGCCGCACAGUGCCACAUGCCCACCCAGCCACUGCCGAGUACGAAUUUGCCAACCCCAGCCGCCUGGGUGAGCAGCGCUUCGGAGAAGGUCUCCUGCCAGAAGAGAUCCUGACCCCCACCCUCUACCAUGGCUACUAUGUUCGGCCUCGGGCCGCCAGAGCUGGGGAGGGCAGUAGGGCAGGGGCCUCAGAGCUCAGGCUCAGCGAGGGCAAGUUCCAGGCAUUUCUUGAUGUGAGCCACUUUACCCCAGACGAGGUCACCGUGAGGACUGUGGACAACCUGCUGGAGGUGUCGGCCCGGCACCCCCAGCGUCUGGAUCGACACGGCUUCGUGUCCCGAGAGUUCUGUCGCACCUACGUCCUGCCAGCAGAUGUGGACCCCUGGCGGGUCCGAGCUGCCCUCUCCCAUGAUGGCAUCCUUAACUUGGAGGCACCUCGGGGUGGCCGGCAUUUGGACACGGAAGUCAAUGAGGUCUACAUCUCUCUGCUCCCUGCGCCUCCUGACCCGGAGGAAGAAGAAGAAGUAGCCAGAGUUGAGUCCUGACUGCCCGCGGGAGAGCCAGCACCCAGUGAAUCUCCUGUCUACGUCUCACGGGGAUUCCAGAAGUCCACCACCCCAGAGGUAGCAGCAUCCUCAGGGGAAGGGAUAGGUGUAUGGUCCACAGUGUAUGGUUUGUUUCUUUGAUGUGUCAUAGCCUUUGAUUUAGUUCUGGGUGGAGCUGAAUAAACCCAAACCUUGGGGC